AUGUCCACGUACUCGCCGCUAAUGGCCAAGAACCUCUCUGUCAAACCGAUGAAAACCGACGAGGCGAAAUGGAUCACGCUGAAGAAAAUCACGUAUGAGGACCCUGCGGGCAAGCAAAGGAUCUGGGAAUCCGCCGAGCGACAGACGAGACCCAAGGACGCGGAAGUUGACGCCGUCGGUGUCGUCGCCAUCCUCAACGACCCUAAAUCCUCCAAGGGACCCUCGUUGCUUCUCCAGAAGCAAUUCCGUCCCGCCGUCGACAAAGUCACCAUCGAGGUCCCCUCGGGCCUCAUCGACGCGGGAGAAUCUCCCACCGACGCCGCCAUACGCGAGCUGAAGGAAGAGACGGGCUACAUCUCCACCAUCCCUGCUGAUGCCAAAGCCGCGGAGGGGAUCCUGAUGUUCAACGACCCGGGCUUCUGCAAUACAAAUACGAAAAUGAUCUUCGUCGAGGUGGACAUGCGUGACCCGAGGAAUCAAGAAGAGAAUCUCAAGCCCGAGCUGGAGGAGAGUGAGUAUAUCGAGUGCUUUACGCUGCCGUUGGAUAAUUUGUGGAAUGAGCUUGCAGACUUGGAGGCCCAGGGCUUUGCGAUCGAUGCGCGUGUCGGGACGUUGGCACAGGGCAUGGAGAUAGCCAAGAAGUGGAAGGAUGUGCUCAAGAAUGAUCCUUCACAGGUGGUAUGA